AUGCUCAUCACAGCCAUUGUCAAUGUCACAAACAAGAACAAAGGGCUGAUCCGCACAAGAAUUUUAUUAGACACCUGUUCAACAACUAACUUCAUGACAGAAAGGCUCGCCAAUAAGCUCAAGCUAGAAAAGAGAGAAUACUCAAUUCCAGUGGGUGGUAUUAAUGGAUUGACCACAUACACCAAACAUCAAGUGAUGACAACGAUUAAAUCUACCACAAGUAAAUAUGAAAAAACUUUAACUUUCCUCACGAUUCCCAACAUCACAGACUUGGUUCCAGCACAGCCUCUUCCACGAGAAACGUUGGUAUUUCCAAAAAAUCUGAAAUUAGCUGAUCCCACUUUUUACCUCCCGGGACCAAUCGAGAUGUUGCUCGGAUCAGGCCCUACGCUAGCAUUACUCUGUGUUGGACAAUACAUACUCCCGCCUGAUUUAUACCUCCAAAAAACCCAACUUGGAUGGAUCGUUGGGGGCAGCAGUGCAACGUCACAUCACGACUCAACUCAACAAACAUUUUGUAUCUCAACUGAUUUUGAUCUGGAGAAUUUCUGGAAAUUGGAAGAGGUACCAAAAAAGACGUUUUUAUCUUCAGAGGAACUAUUGGCAGAACAACACUACGUCAAGAAUUUUCGGAGAGACACAACAGGUCGCUACAUCGUGGCUCUCACAUUUAAACCAGGCGCUCCUCAUUUAAGCUCGUCCAGAGAACUGGCCCAGAAACGAUUAAGAUCCCUCGAACGCAAAUUUCAUCAUCAACCUCAGCUAAAGCAACAAUACACGGAAGUCCUUUCUGAAUACUUGGAACUCGGUCAAAUGACGAAGUGUGCGAGUGAACAGUCAGCAACGAUGACGGGGGAGGAUUUUAUCUACCUCAUCAUGCAGUGAUAAAGGAGAUCAGCCUGACUACCAAGGUCCGGGUAGUAUUCGACGGCUCAGCCAGCAGCUCAGACGGGAUUUCAC